AUGGUCCUCAAACCAGUCCUCGGUCCAGUCAGUAGUCUCAAACCAGUCCCUCGGUCCAGUCUGUGGUACCUCAAACCAGUCCCUCGGUCCCAGUCCUGUGGUCCUCAAACCCAGUCCCUUGUCCAGUCUGUGGUCCUCAAACCAGUCCCUCGGUCCAGUCUGUGGUCCUCAAACAGUCCCUCGGUCCAGUCUGUAGUUCUCAGACUAGUCCCUCAAACCAGUCCCUCGGUCCAGUCUGUGGUCCUCAAACCAGUCCCUUGGUCCCAGUCUGUGGUCUCAAACCAGUCCCUCGGUCCGUCUGUGUCCUCAAACCAGUCCCUCGGUCCAGUCGUGGGUCCUCAACACCAUCCCUCGGUCCCGUCUGUGGUCUCAAAUCAGCCCUCAACCAUCCCGGCCCGUCUGUGGUCCCCAUACCAGUCCCCGGUCGUCUUAUUCAACAUACUCAAACCAGUCCCUCGUCAGUUGUGGCUCAAACAUCCGCAGUCCAUCGGGUCCUCAGUCUGGUCAGUGGUCCUCAACGCCAGUCCCUUGGUCAGUCGGGGCCUCAAACCGUCACCUCAGGCUCAAAGCUGUCCGCUGGUCCUCAAACCAGUCCCUCACGUCCCGUCUGUGUUCCUAAUCCGCCCUCAAACCCGUCCCUCGGCACUGUCUGUGGCUCAAACCAGUCACCUCGUCCAGUCUGUAGUCCUCAGACCAGUCCCUCAAACCAGUCCCUCUUGGUCCAUGUCUGUGGUCCUCACAACCGUCCCUCCGUCCAGUCUGUGGUCCUCAAACCAGUUCCCAUCGCCAUCUGUGGUCCUCAAACAGUCCCUCGGUCAGUCUGUGGUCUCAAACCAGUCCUUGGUCCAGUCUGUGGGUCCUCCACACAGUCCCUCGGUCCAGUCUGUGGUCCUCAAACCAGUCCCUUGGGUCCAGUCUGUGGUCCUCAAACCAGUCCUCAAACAGUCCCUCGGUCCCAGUCUGUGGUCCUCAAACCAGUCCCUGGUCCGUCAUCUGUGGUCCUCAAACCAGUCCCUCGGUCCAGUCUGUGGUCCUCAAAACAGUCCCUGGUCAGUCCUGUGGCCUCAACAGUCCCUGUGGCCGUCCUCAAACCCAAACCAGUCCCUCAAACCAGUCCCUCGGUCCAGUCUGUGGUCCUCAAACCAGUCCCUCGGUCCAGUCUGUAGUCCUCAGACCAGUCCUCAAACCGUCCCUCGGUCAGUCUGUGUGCCUCAAAUCAGUCCCUCGGGUCCAGUCUGUGGUCCUCAAACCAGUCCUCGGUCCAUCUGGUGGUCCUCAAACCAGUCCUCGGAUCCAGUCUGUGGUCCAAACCAGUCCUUGGUCCAGUCUGUGGUCCUCAAACCAGUCCCUUGGUCAGUCUGGUCUCAACCAGUCCUCGUCCAGUCUGUAGUCCUCAAACCAGUCCCUCAACCCAGUCCCUCGGUCCCAUUCUGUGGUCCUCAACCAUCCCAUCGUCCAGUCGUAGUCCUCAGACCAUCUCCCUCAAACCAGUCCCCCGUCCAGUCUGUGGUCCUCAACUCGUCCCUCGGACCAGUUCCUUGUCUCACACCAGUCUCCGUCCCGUCUGUGGUCCAUCAUACCCCCGGUACCGUCUUGUCUCCAACCAGUCCCUGUCCAGUCUGUGGUCCUCCAACCAGGUCCCUUGGUCCAGUCUCUGGUCCUCCAAAAAAACAAAUAACCAGUCCCCCCCUCGGAUCCCAGGUCGCUGUGGGUCCUCAAACCAGUCCCUCCACCCAGUUCCCCUCGGUCCAGUCUGUGGUCCCUCAAAAAACCGUCCCCUCGGUCCAGUCUGUAGUCCUCCCCAGACCAGUCCCCUCAAACCUGUCCCCGGUCCAGAUCUGUGGUCCUCAAAUCAGUCCCUUCGGUCCAGCUUCUGUCGGUCCUAAACCAGUCCUCGGAUCCAGUCUGUGUGUCCCCAAACCAGUCCCUCGGUUCCAGUCUGUGGUCCUCAAACCAGUCCCUUGGUCCAGUCUGUGGUCCUCAAACCAGUCCCUGGUCCAGUCUGUGGUCCUCAAACCAGUCCUCGGUCCAGUCUGUGGUCCUCAAACCAGUCCCUCAAACCAGUCCCUCGGUCCAGUCUGUGGUCCUCAAACCAGUCCCUCGGUCCAGUCUGUAGUCCUCAGACCAGUCCCUCAAACCAGUCCCUCGGUCCAGUCUGUGGUCCUCAAACCAGUCCCUCGGUCCAGUCUGUGGUCCUCAAACCAGUCCCUUGGUCCAGUCUGUGGUCCUCAAACCAGUCCCUCGGUCCAGUCUGUGGUCCUCAAACCAGUCCCUCAAACCAGUCCCUCGGUCCAGUCUGUGGUCCUCAAACCAGUCCCUCGUCCCUCGGUCCAGUCUGUGGUCCUCAAACCAGUCCCUCGGUCCAGUCUGUGGUCCUCAAACCAGUCCCUCGGUCCAGUCUGUGGUGGCUAUGACUAUGUGGAGACGAUCCGUGACGCCUACAUGGUUGUUGCUGGUGUUCCCAAUAAGACGACGUUCCACGCUCACCACAUCUGUGACAUGGCUCUGGACAUGUUGAGCUCCAUCGAUCACCUCAAAGACCCGUCCACCGGCGACAACAUCCAGAUCCGAGUCGGGAUCCACUCUGGGAUGGUGGUGGCCGGAGUGGUCGGACUGAAGAUGCCUCGUUACUGUCUGUUCGGAGACACAGUCAACACGGCCUCAAGGAUGGAGAGCAACGGAGUGGGCAUGCAGAUCCACAUCAGCCAGACCACCAAAGACCACCUGGAACACGAGCCCUACAUCAUCGAGGAGAGAGGCAAGAUAUUUGUCAAGGGUAAAGGCUACAUGAAGACGUACUGGCUCAAAGGGAAGAAGGACCUCUCCUUUAAGACUCCUGCAGAACUGCGCUACAGCGGAGAGCAGAAGGACGCAGAGGAACUCAGCUCCAUUGGUGAGGAGCCGGCCGAGGGAGGCAAGCCCAGCCCCAGCGAGCAGCCGCCGGACUCUCUGCUGCCCCCGGAGGCCGUCAGCGAGGCGCGCUCCGUGUCGGCCGAGCCCGUGGAGAAGGAGAGAGGAGCCAAAAAGACUAAGAACAACAAGGGAGCCAAGCCGGAAGUUCUGCAGGGUCCGGCCGCGGCGGCAGAGAGCGUGCCCUCCCCCCCCGCCGACGGACUGGACGUACCCGGCCCCCUGCUGUUCAACAAGAGGAACAGCUUCAGGGAGUACACCAAGCUGCCCACCAACCUGCCCAUGCGCAGCACGUCCUGUGUGGUCCUGUGA